GAGAGACUCGCGUGUCCUGGGAGAAAUUCGGCCGCACUCAACAUGGCGGCGCGCGCGUCCCAGGCAUCUCCGGGAGGCGCUUCCUAGGCGGACUGGCGGGCGGUUGUUCGUUCGUUCGAGGCGCGCGGCUGUGGCGGCCGGAGGCUUGCCUGGGCCAUGGCUGCCUCCAACCCCUGGGAUCCCGUGCAGCCCACGGCGGCGGGACUGAUGUUGGCGCGGGCUGUCUCCGCGGGAGUGGUGUCUCAGGGGACUCUAGAUAUAUGUAGAAAACCAUCUGCUUGUUUUACUUAUGUCUCAAAAGCAGAACAAAUUGCUGAUCUCCAAGCUGAAGUCAGCCGGAUUAAUUUGGAGACAGAAGCCCUGCAAAUGGAAAAAGAUACAGCAGACAUUACUCAUCCAUUUUAUCUUACUCAGAAGUGCCAGGCUUUGCAAGCAAUGAACAGGCACCUGGAUGCGGUGCUGAAGGAUAAAAGAACUCUGAGGCAAAGGCUAGUUAAACCACUGUGUCGAGAAAGUCUGCCUGUAGAAGCUGCCUUCCACAGAGAUGUGGUAGAAUUGCUGGCACUGGCAGUAGAUUUUAUUGAAAAAUUAGAAACCCACUUACUUACUAUAAGAAACAUCCCUGAAAUACCUGAAAACAUUAGAAAUAUGAAAUAUAGUACCAGUCUACUACAUGAUGGAUCUGUAGCCUGAAAAAACAUAUCGGAAAAGCUUUGGGGAAAAUGCAAGUUGCUUCUUGUUGUUGUUGUUGUUAGUUGCGAAGUCGUGUCCAACUGAUCACGAACCAUGGACAACUUUCCUCCAGACCUUCCUGUCCUCUACUAUUCCCCCGGAGAGGGGGAUAAUAGCUCACGCUGACUGCUUCAGUGACUCUAUCCAGCCACCUCAUUCUCUGCCAUCCCUUUCUUCUUUUGCCCUCAAUCGUUCCCAGCAUUAGGCUCUACUCCAGUGAGUCCUUCCUUCUCAUUAGGUGGCCAAAGUAUUUCAAUUUCAUCUUCAGGAUCUGGCCUUCUAAAGAGCAGUCAGGGUUGAUCUCCUCUAGGACUGCCUGGUUUGAUCACUUUGCAGUCCAAGAAAAUUGCUACAGUACUUCAUUUCAUACUACACUUCCUCCUAUUUUUCUUAUUUUCAAACAUUAUAUGGAAUCAACUAGCAUAUACUAAUAAAAUUACAUUGGCUUUGUGCUUUCAAGAUGUUGAAAUCUUGCCAAAUACUACUGAAAUAUU